AUGACGGCGGGAAAGGCACCCAGCAUUCUCGGUUUGGAAGACCCAAGCAUUUUCAAAGACCAAGCCUACAUCAACGGAGAGUGGGCAGAAGCAAAAUCGGGCAAACGAUUCGAGAUCAUUGACCCUGGUACCGGAAAGCCUUGGGCCACUUGUACAGAUGCGGCCGCUGAAGAUGUCGAAAACGCCGUUCAAACCGCUUACGAUGCCUUCCUGAAGUACCGAACGGUCAAUCCCCGACAGCGUGCCGAUAAGCUUGCCAAGUGGGACGCCUUGAUUCGAAAACAUAAAGAAGACCUCGCCAGAAUCCUCGUCUAUGAGACUGGAAAGCCGCUUGCUGAGGCUCUUGGCGAAGUCGAGUACGCGGCAUCGUUUACGAGAUGGUUCGCCGGCGAGGCAGAGAGGAUUCAAGGGACGACCUUUACGCCCUCUAUUCCUGGCCGUCGUGUAGUAACCAUCAAGCAGCCCGUUGGUGUGACGGCUGCUCUGGUUCCGUGGAAUUUUCCUAUUGCCAUGAUCCUGCGAAAAGCUGCCACUGCGCUAGCGGCCGGGUGUACAAUGAUUGUCAAGCCUUCACCGGAGACUCCCUUGUCUGCACUGAGUCUGGCGCAUCUGGCAGAGCAAUCUGGAUUUGAAAAAGGUGUAUUGAGCGUGUUGCCCACUACUCUUGCCAAUACCCCAUCUCUGAGCGAAGCUCUUUGCAAACAUCCGCUGGUCAAGAAGGUUUCAUUCACCGGCUCGACCCGUGUCGGAAAGCUACUUGCUGCCCAUUGCGCCGAUACGUUGAAGAAGCUCACCCUCGAGCUUGGCGGUAAUUGCCCAUUCCUCAUCUUCGAUGAUGCCAAUUUGGACCAGGCUGUAGAAGCUCUGAUGCCGCUCAAGUUUAGACAUGCUGGCCAAGCUUGCAUCACAGCCAACCGAAUCUACGUUCAACGAGGCGUGUACGAGAAGUUCUCCAACUUGGUUGCCGAGCAUGUGGGCCGAUUGCGAGUCGGCCAUGGUAUCGACAAAGAGACAACAAUGGGACCUCUUACCGUUCCAGCCGGACUGGAUAAGGUCGCCAGCCAAAUCAAGGACGCUACAGAACUAGGCGCCAAGGUGCUCACUGGUGGAAAACGCAUUGAGAAAGAUGGAGGCUACUAUUUUGAGCCAACAGUCAUCAACGAGGUGACCUCAAAGAUGAAAGUGGCCAACGAGGAGACAUUUGGACCGUUGCUGGCUCUACUGCCGUUUGACACCGAAGAGGAGGCAGUCCUCAAUGCCAAUAACACAUCUAUGGGACUGGCGUCAUAUUUCUUUACUAAGAAUAUUGACAGGACGUGGAGGUUACUCGAAAACCUUGAGGCUGGCAUGAUUGGAAUGAACACUGGAAACGCUUCCGCUGCUGAAUCACCAUUUGGCGGUAUCAAGGACUCCGGCUUUGGCAAGGAGUCUGGGAAAGACGUUGCCAUCAACGAGUACCUCAUCACUAAGACCGGCACACUGACCCUGGAAGGACAGUACUAA